CGCGCCACAGGAAAGUUCUAAGGCAAAGCCGAGACUCGCGGGGGUCCCAGAACCAACUCUUUCACCUUUCUUUUUUUUAACUCCGCCAACGGCCCCCAGCCCACAGGUCCGGGUUGCUCCGUUGGUCAAAGUGCGUGCGGACUAGUUGGCAAAGUUGAGAGCGACGACGUCUCUGGGAACAGCUGUUUGCGUUCAGGGCGGAGGCGGCGUGCAAGCUCCUUGGCCGCAAGCCUAGAAGGAGAGUGGAAGUUCUGGAUCCCAGGGGAGGACAGAGAGCAGACGGGCUGGCGCGGGGGCUUGAAGUUUCUGUGUUUCGGCUCAAGUCCCGUCGCGCUUUCGCUCCUUCUUCGUGACCUCAACUCCUUUAUAUCGACCCCACCUCUCAAGAUUUUAGAGUACCGCCCCUGUAGGGGGAGGGGAGGAGGAGGAGAUUUCGAACGCGGACUGAGUCUUCUGGGCACCCGUAGUUGGGAACUGUGGAACGCUGGUCUCAGGGAAGGUGGGAGGUGUCAGAGCUGAGAGUGAGGUUCGUGUGGGCCUCGCAGCUGGCCGGGCUGACUCUCUCCGCUUUGAGUGUAUGUGAGUCGGAUCCCCGGCGACGCGUGGAGCGGCAGGCGCAGUCAUGGCCGACUACUGGAAGUCACAGCCAAAGAAAUUCUGUGAUUACUGCAAGUGUUGGAUAGCAGACAAUAGGCCUAGUGUUGAAUUUCAUGAAAGGGGAAAAAAUCAUAAGGAAAAUGUGGCAAAGAGGAUCAGUGAGAUUAAACAGAAAAGCCUGGAUAAAGCAAAGGAAGAAGAAAAGGCAUCAAAGGAGUUUGCUGCAAUGGAGGCAGCUGCCCUGAAAGCAUACCAAGAGGAUUUGAAAAGACUUGGCUUAGAGUCAGGUAAAAAACAGCCUGCAUGUUUUAAAGAAAUUUCAGAGCCAACCAUAUCACCAGUAACCCCCACUGUUCCACCCACCUCUGCAUCAAAUCAACAGAAAGAAAAGAAGAAGAAAAAAAAAGAUUCUUCAAAGGGUAGAUGGGUAGAAGGCAUAACCUCUGAGGGUUAUCAUUACUAUUAUGAUCUCAUCACAGGAGCAUCCCAGUGGGAGAAACCUGAAGGAUUUCAAGGAAACUUAAAAAAGACAGCAGUGAAGGCCAUUUGGGUAGAAGGUUUAAGUGAAGAUGGUUAUAGCUAUUAUUAUAAUACAGAAACAGGAGAAUCCAAAUGGGAAAAACCUGAUGAUUUCAUUCCACAUACUGGAGAUAUGCUUUCUAGUAAAAUUGAUGAAAAGUCACUUGGCACCGUAGAAGACUCCAAAUCAUCAGAUUCACACAGUGAUUCUGAUGGGGAAAAGGAAGCAGAAGAAAAGGUUUCCACAGAAAAAAAAAAGCUAAUAAUAAAGUUUAAGGAAAAAAAUAAAAAGAGUAAUGAAGGAACUGACCCAGAAAUGCAGAAGGAAAAAAGUAUCCCAAAACAGAAUUCAUCAGGUCCAAAUGAAGAAAAACCCAAAACUCUUAAAAAGCCAAAUCCAUACGGGGAAUGGAAAGAAAUUAAACAAGAAGUCAAAUCUCAUGAAGAGGUAGAUUUGGAACUUCCAAGCCCUGAAAAUGAAUAUGUGUCAACUUCAGAAGGUGAUAUUGGGGAACCCAAAGUGGUAUUUAAAGAAAAAACAGUUACUUCUCUUGGAGUUGCAGCAGAUGGUGUGGCCCCAGUUUUCAAAAAGAGAAAAAUCGAAAAUGGAAAGUCUAGAAAUUUAAGGCAACGAGGUGAUGAUCAAUAAUUGUAAAAGCAUUUUAUAUGUGUGUUUUGGACAGAAUGGAGACUUACUCUUCUUAAAGCUUCUCUGUGCUUGUUGUUGUACACUGAUGCUAAAAUUGACUUAUUCUAAAUGUAUUUUAUGUGAAUUAAAAUAAUAAAUCUUUUUUUAUGUGAAAUUUA